AUGAAAUACGUUCUGGUUUCUGGCGGUGUCAUUUCCGGUGUUGGCAAGGGCAUUAUUGCCUCGAGCACCGGAUUGCUCCUCAAAUCUGCCGGUCUCACGGUUACCAGCAUCAAGUGCGAUCCUUACAUCAACAUCGAUGCAGGUACCAUGUCGCCAAUCGAACAUGGAGAGGUCUAUGUGACGGAUGAUGGUGGUGAGAUGGACUUGGAUCUCGGCAACUACGAGCGGUAUCUCUUAACUACGCUUACCCGUGAUCACAACAUCACCACUGGCAAGAUCUACCAGCAAGUUAUCGAGCGCGAGCGCGUUGGCCGCUAUCUCGGUAAGACCGUUCAGGUCGUCCCACAUAUCACGAACGCCAUUCAAGAUUGGAUCGAGCGUGUGGCCAAGAUUCCCGUUGAUGAAUCCGGGAGGGAACCCGAUGUGUGCAUCAUCGAGCUGGGUGGUACCGUUGGUGACAUUGAGAGCGCGCCAUUUAUUCACGCCAUCAGCCAGCUCCAGCGCCGAGCUGGAAAGCACAACUUUGCUCAGAUCCACGUAUCCUACGUCCCUGUGAUCCACGAUGAGCAAAAGACAAAACCUACACAGAGAGCAAUUAGCGAUGUUCGCAGCGCAGGCCUGAAUCCGGACCUGAUUGCUUGUCGCUGCGAGCUGCCGCUGGAGGAAGGUACUGUUCAGAAGAUUGCCAACAUGUGCUCAAUGGACACUAAGCAGGUCAUUGCCGUUCACAACGUGUCGACGACUUACCACGUGCCUUUACUUCUUGAGAAACAGAAGCUGAUUGGCACUUUGGGCGAACUGCUGGAUCUUCCUUCCAUCACGCGGAACGCUCAGACCGUCGAGCAGGGCAAACUCAUGUGGAAAGACUGGGUUGACCUUGCUCGGGGUCAGGACCACUCCCACGACACCGUCUCCAUUGCUCUUGUGGGCAAAUACACUGCUCUCAAGGAUGCUUAUAUUAGUGUGUCCAAGGCUCUUGAGCACGCUGCUAUGUACUGCCACAAGAAACUCGAUUUGAUCUGGGUUGAUGCUGGCCAUCUGGAAGAGGAGGCAUCUGAGACCAACCCAGCCGAGUUCCAUAAGGCUUGGCAUGCAGUGUGCACUGCCGACGGCUUGUUGGUGCCCGGUGGAUUUGGCACUCGUAACACCGCGGGUAUGAUCCAGGCCAUCACCUGGGCUCGUACCAAGAAGCGUCCCUUCCUUGGUGUCUGUCUCGGAAUGCAGCUUGCUGUUCUUGAGUAUGCUCGCAAUGUCAUGGGUGUUGAAGACUGUGGCAGUGAGGAACUCCACCCGACAUCCAAGAACCAUGCUAUUGUCUACAUGCCCGAGGUUGACAAGGACAAGAUGGGUGGUACCAUGCGCCUUGGAAAGCAUGCCUCUAUCUUCCAGUCUGGUACAGAGUGGUCGCGUCUUCGCGCCCUUUACGGUGCCGACGUCUCUCAGAUCUCCGAACGCCACCGUCACCGAUAUGAAGUGAAUCCAGAAAUGGCUGAUGAUAUCGAGAAGGCCGGCCUGAGCUUCGUGGGUAAGGAUACCACGGGUCAGCGCAUGGAGAUUGUUGAGAUCAAGGACCACCCUUGGUUCGUCGGUGUGCAGUUCCACCCUGAGUAUCUCAGCCGGGUGUUGGCCCCCAGCAGAACUUUCCUUGGUUUCUUUGCUGCUGCCGCUGGCUGCUUGGAGGAAGCAACUGCGGCCCUCAACAAGGGACUGCGCAGCAUUCCCACUCAACAAUGA